CUCCGCUCAGACUGAAGUGCAGGCACUGUUCAGUGUUCACUCGCAGUCUGUCUGUGUGGUGCGUAAAGAAACUCCCGCGCUGAUAGAAUCCACUGGGAUAUUCGCGCGAAACAAACGGACACUUGUUCACUCUCAUACCACUGAAUUCCGAAGAGCCAAAGAUGUGUUCCAGCUUGGAUGUUGCGUCGGUCUUCCUGCGGUGAACAGCGUCGUUGUUUUGAGGAGAGCACUCAGUUUUUGAGACACUUGAAAGCGUCUCGGUGCUUUGAUUUGUUUUGUAGAUAAACGUUAUCUACUUCACGCGCACUGUUAAUACGGACGAGCGCGCGCGCAGAGCGGACACUCUUCUUCACAUGCUGAACCAUGGAGACACGAACUUCAGCAAAACUUCACACCUACCUGUCAAUAUUCACAUUUCUCUGCUGUUUCUCUUCAGGUGAGCUGGCCCAACUCGUGUUGCCUUAUGAAAAUGUGGAAGUGAUCCAAGGGAAGAUGGUGGUGCUGCAGGCAUCAUAUUCGAGUACUGACUUUCAGAAAAACACAGUGGUCUGGAACUACAUGCAGUCGGCUACCAGCACAGAAAUGAUCAUCUCAUUUGUCAAUGGAGACUUCAGCCAUGGCACCUCUCAGUUUGCUGGUCGAGUUGGUUUUUUCCACAAUAUGCCCAACACCAACCUGUCCCUAUACAUUAACAACACCAAAGUAUCGGACUCAGGGCGGUAUGUGUGCCAGGUCAUGAUCCCUGGGGCCUCAGGACUCACUGGAACGCUAAACCUUAAUGUUAAAGUCCCUCCUUCUAUACCGGUGUGUAAAGUUAAAGAAAAGCCUGUCCUUAAGGGAAACAUUACUCUUUCCUGUAACUCCAAUGAGGGUAAACCGGCCCCCAAAUACAAGUGGAUCAAAACCAGCCCCGCACCAGAAGUCUUCUUCUCUCCUGCACUGAAUGAAACGGCCGGAACUUUAAAACUUAACAACCUAAGCAGUAACAUGUCAGGGAAAUACGUGUGCACUUCAACCAACUCUGCAGGAGCGGAGACCUGCUACAUCAACCUGGAGGUCAUCACAUCGACUAAUGCCGGGAUGAUCGCUGGCGUUACAUUCGGCUGUAUUGUGGCUCUCAUCCUGAUUGUUAUCUUUCUCAUCUUCAUGUGGACAAGACGGAAAGACACAGAGGAGGAUCUGGCUAAUGACAUCAAGGAGGAUGCUCAGGCUCCCAAACGCGUCUCAUGGGCCAAGAGUGGCACAGGCUCUGACAUCAUCUCUAAAAACGGCACCCUGUCCUCCAUUCAAACUAGCUCUUACCCACGAGAUGCCCACAACCACCAUCAUUACCCUCACUCCGACACCGCGUCCAUUAUUACAGCCACAGGCAGCACAGCCGGAUACCGUUCGCAACCUCCAGCCGAUGCCACCCUGGAGCGCUCAUUGCCAGGGUACAACACCAACCCAGCCCCGACCCGUGGGCCAUUUGGACCUCCUAGUACCAAUGGAGGCUCCCAGCACACCUCCAUGCCCCGGACAGCCCCUGCUCAGCCUCAGAUUCCCCGUCCGCCUGUCCUCCCCACCACCGUAACUGCUGCCAAUAUCUCCCGCAUGGGAGGGGUGCCCAUUAUGGUCCCAGCACAAAACCAAGCCGGCUCUCUGGUGUAGGACUAAACCACUUCUGCUGAAAAUUUGAAGAGGAAAAAAAUAGCCUAAUAUCACAGACUGAAGUAAAUUGAAUGAACGGACUGGAAUAGAUAAGCUUAUUGCCUCAGUAUGGAAACAGCUUGAUGUAGUUUUCUUUUUCUUAAUAUAAAAAAAUGUCAACAAAUAUAUGUAAAGACGCUCAUUUUAUUGUUUUAUAAAUUCAUAGUUUUCUACUGUUCGACUUUCUGUACUCUGGUAAACAAAAAGACACUGAGAUGUUUGAAUUCUUCACUGUUUUAAACAUGCAUUUUUGUGUGCUUCUCGUUACUGCUUCACAUUCGUUCUUUUGCUAACUAAAGAUGCUGACUUGCCUUGAUGAAAGCAAAUGAAAGUUCUAUUCCAUAUUAUUUGCAGACACUCCUAAAUAAAUUACGUUUACGUGUGUUUAAUAUGCAGCCAGUUGCGCAUUGUUCAUAGCAGCUUCAGUUAAAGCAAUGGUCUCAAACUCAAUUCCUGGAGGGCAGCAGCUCUGCACAGUUUAGCUCCAACCACCUCCAACUCACACCUGCUUAAUAGUCUCUAGUAUUCUUGAACACCUUGAUUAGUUGGAUCAGCUGUGUUUGAUUAGGGUUGAAGCAAAACUGUGCAGAGCUGCGGCCCUCUAGGAAUUGAGUUUGAGACCUAUGAGUUAAAGGGAAUGUCAUCAUGUGCGACAUUAAGUUGCUGUUUUUGCCUUUUAAUGUUUCAUGGCCAAAUAUUUUUAAAAAACAAAACUAUAUUUAUAUGAUACUGAUUAUGUACAUGUGAACUAUAAUUAUGGACAUUCCUUUACCUUACUGUAAAUAAGGUAUUUAUUUCUCAUUGUAGGUCUGUGGUUAUUUAAAGGCAGCAAAUAAGUUCAUUAUGUUUAUUGUAUAGUAGAUACAAUCCAGGCUCAUUCUAAAAAUUUACCCCUAUAUACACUUCUGGAGAGCGCCAAAUACGUCCAGGAGCUGUUUUUUUUUGCAGUUUUUGUUUUCGCACAUCCACCAGAGCCCGCUGUGUAUGGUUUUUCAGAUCUCAGAUUUAUUUCACGAGUGCCAUUCGUGCCUGCUGUUCUCACGUAAAUCCACCAGAGGCGCUGUCGACUGACUCACUGAUUUCCUGAAUGAGUGACUUAUCGACUGACCCACCCUCCUCCUUCCCUAAACCCAACCAAUAAUGUUUUCAAAAGCACCGAUUGACCCGCCCAUCCACUUUCACUAAACCCAACCGACCGUUUUAAAAAGCAAUCCAAAAAAAGAAAAGACCUCGCCUGAUUUUUUUACCAUGUUUUCAAAUUUUACCACAUUCUCACUAUGUUAUUUACUUGUUUAUUAUAUUUUUUGGCUUUUGCUUUUGUCUUACCUGCUUUCUGGAACUCCUCUUUGUGUCUCAAUUCCACCAACGUAUAUGGCGACUAACUUGACAAACUAGUAACAAUGGCAAAGCCGUCCAUACGAAGGUAAGCGGUCACAUGGUAAGCGCGAAAAGGAACGGCGUCUUACCACCCUGUAGCGUUCGUUUUAAAGAUGAAAUGCAGCCAUACGUACUUCUAGCUACAUAAUUCACUGUGUUCAGAAAUGUACAUAGGGCUACGUUUUCAGAAUGAGCCUAUGUUGAGUAGAUAUGAAACCAAACAUUUCAAUGGUUGUUGAUGUGGGGAAUCUAGUUUUCCUUCUAAUUUUUAUCAGCUUUGAUCCAAAGCACUGCUACUGUCAUACAGGUGAUAACUUUCUGACAUGGUAGUUUAACAAAUAUGUGACAUGCACAUGGGCAUUAUUAGGCUACAGUUCGCAAAUACGGUCCACUUCCAGCAAAUAAACACCAGUGAAUCAUAAACUGAAAAACAACCCUAUUUAUUUUCUUAAUAACUGAACACUUUACUCAGAAAUGUCGUAUUAUAGUAAAAAUAGGUUGCGAAUGGAAGUUCACUUAAAUACAUCACAAUAGCAUAUCUGUAAGUAUGCCAAAAAACAUGUUGCAUUUUGUGCAUGUGUGUGUGUGUGUGUGUGUGUGUGUGUGUGUGUGUUUUCAAUUACAUUUACCUGAUAAUUGCUUUUUAUACAACUGCUGUAUUCUUUUUUAAAGCUUUUAUGUACUUAACAGUGCAACUGACUGCUUUUUGAGCACAGAUCUGUUUUAGUUUAGUUAGUUUAUUUUAUUUUAUUAUUAUUGUUUUAUUGCCUGUACUAUGUAGAUCUUUUGUCAUCUGUAGACUGGAAAACCUCAAACCCAUCUGUAUAUAGGACAUGUACUGUCUAUGGACAUCAAAACACUUUGUAUUCAUAUUUUUUGAUUAAAAUAAAGCAGCUGCAAAA